AUGGCUACUCGGCCCUCUAGCCGCGACGAAUUCGAGGUUGCCUUAGUUUGUGCAUUGCCGCUUGAAUACAAUGCCAUCUCGUUACUCUUCGACGAGUUCUGGGAUGAAGACGGUGAUCGGUAUGGAGGGGCUAUUGGAGACCUAAACACUUACACCACUGGACGCUUCGGCAACUUCGACGUCGUUCUUGUUCUUUUACCAAAUACGGGGAACGUCAGCACGGGAGAUGAAAUUCUACUUGGUGAUGUGAUCAUCAGCAGAACUGUGAUCCAAUAUGACUACGGUAGACAGUAUCACGAUGACUUCAAGGCAAGAGACACCACAGAGGAUAUCUUGGGUCGGCCAAAUAAAGACAUCCGUGGUCUAGUCACCUUCCUGGAGACGGAGCUUGCACGAGAGCGACUUGAGAAACGAGCUGCCGUCUUCCUCAAACAGAUUCAGGAUCUUCCUCCCAAAGGGAACCGGCGGCGAGCAGAUAUCUACAAAUAUCCCGGAGCGAGCAGCGAUAGGUUGUUCGAGGCGAACUACCGCCAUAAGCAUUAUCUUUCGCCACAAUGUUCUUGCGCAAAAGUGGGGUGCGAUGAUCAACAUAUUAUCAAGCGAAGGCGUCUUGAUACGAAUCGAGCAUCCGAACAGCAAGACUUUGGUGAAGAAUCUCAGACACCGUCCAUCUUCAUUGGACGAUUCGGUUCAAGUGGUACAGUAGUCAAAUCGGGCAAGCACCGUGAUGAGAUCGCCAAGCAUUACGGUGUUCUGGCGUUUGAAACGGAGGCUGCUGGAGUCUGGGAUGAGCUUCCAUGCAUCAUUGUCAAGGGCGUCAGUAACUACGCGGACGGCCACGGGAGCAAGCAUUGGCAGGAUUUCGCAGCUGCAACGGCCGCAUGUGUCGCUAAAGCUCUGGUGGAACAAUAUCCAAAAACAGACAAGACAUUCAGGGCCCAGAUUGAACAGCAGAUGAAGGAAUUGAUGGAAAAUACAGAAAGUAAUAAAUGCCUUCAGGAUCUACGCCAAACAGACCCCCGCGAUGACAAGACGCGCAUUCAGCGUACCAAAGGUCACUUGCUUAAAGACUCAUAUCGUUGGAUACUCGACCACGUCGACUUUAAGAAAUGGCGAUAUGACUCCCAACACAGUCUGCUUUGGAUCAAAGGAGACCCUGGGAAGGGAAAGACUAUGCUUCUGUGCGGCAUUAUCGAUGAGAUAGAGGAAUCUACCACUACACAAUGCCUAUCCUACUUCUUUUGCCAGGCUACCGAACUACAACUUAAUAACGCAACGGCGGUAUUGCGGGGUCUCAUAUACAUGAUCAUUAUGCAACGCCCAGUGCUUAUCUCACAUGUACGAAAGAAGUAUGACCAUUCAGGAAAGAAGCUUUUUGAAGACGGCAAUGGCUGGGAAGCAUUGUCAAAGACUCUGUUAGCAAUACUAAACGACCCAAGCUUGACUGAUGUAAUUCUAAUUAUUGAUGCACUCGACGAGUGUGUUAAAGGAUUGUCACAUCUUCUCGACUUCAUCAACCAAGCUUCUUGUUCAAGUCGCGCCAAAUGGAUUGUUUCAAGCCGUAACUGGCCGAUCAUUGAGGAGAGUCUUGAGGAUGUCAUGCAUGGAGUAAAGAUAUGCCUUGAGUUGAACGAGAGUUUAGUUUCUGCUGCUGUCCAAUCCUUUAUCCGAUACAAGGUGCAGCAUCUAGCUACGAAGAAGAGCUACGAUAAGAAUACACAAGAUGAAAUCGAACAGUAUCUAAUGUCCAACGCUCAUGGCACGUUUCUGUGGGUAGCUCUUGUCUGCCAAGAGCUAGCAGAUCCUAGAGUCCGGAAACGGCAUACGCUCCAGAAGCUGAAGUCAUACCCCUCAGGACUUGAUGCUUUAUAUAAGCGUAUGAUGGAGAAUAUUCACGAUUCACUUGACGCGGAAGUUUGCCAGCAGAUCUUGGCUAUCACUUCAGUCGUAUACCGCCCAAUUACCUUACCAGAGCUGAGCUGUCUCAUGGAGUCAUAUAUUGAUAAUGACGACGACGACGACGAACUGAAAGAGAUCAUUGGGUUUUGUGGCUCAUUCUUGACUAUUCGAGAAGAAAGCAUUUACUUAAUACAUCAGUCGGCUAAAGACUUUUUGCUUGAGAAGGUGCCCGAUCAAAUCCUAGCCUUAGGCAUUGAACACCAGCACCAUACUAUCUUCUCCAGAUCGUUGAAUCAGCUAAGUAAGAUACUGCAUCGUAAUAUCUACAGGCUGAUGUUCCCAGGCUUCCCCAUCGAACAUGUUUCUUCACCUGACCCUGAUCCCUUGGCUCCAAUCCGCUAUUCUUGCAUGUACUGGGUCGACCACCUCAUUGCCUCGGAACAUACGCGGGAACUAAGUCGCGGAAAGAUGCCUAGAAGUGAAGACACGAUCAACACAUUCUUUGAGAGAAGAUACCUACACUGGUUGGAAGCUCUCAGUCUGCUGCGAAGUAUGUCAGAAGGCGUAUUAGCAAUGCAGAAGCUGGAAAGAUUACAGAUGCCACAGCUUACAGAGCUGCUUGAAGAUGCGAAUCAUUUCAUCCGUUCGCAUAGACAAGCAAUAGAGUCUGCUCCAUUGCAAGUUUAUACAUCAGCACUUAUCUUUAGUCCCUCUCAUAGUAGAGUGAGACGGCUCUUUGUGGCUGAAGAACCCGAAUGGAUCCUUACGAAACCAAUUAUGGAGAAGCACUGUACAGGCAACUGUUUGCGAGUGCUCAUGGGCCAUGAAAAACCAAUCACAUCAGUUGCCUUCUCCCAUGACUCAGCGCUCAUAGCAUCGGGCUCAAUUGAUAAAACAAUUCGGCUCUGGAGUACUUCUACAGGCGAUUGCAUACGGGAUUUUAUGGCUAAAGGCGAACUCACAAUCGCACUCGCCUUUUCACCUGAUUCGGCGUUGGUGGCAUCAUGCUCAGGCCGUGGAAUCAUUCAGCUAUGGCGCACUACCACAGGCAAGUGUGUACAUGAACUACAGGGACCUAACAAUAAGGACACGGCGGUUGCCUUUUCACAUGACUCCAAACUUAUAGUAUCUGCGUCGGAGGAUAAUACAAUUUGCAUCUGGUCUGUUGAUACAGGCAAUUGUGUGCAAAGGCUUAAAGGCCAUGGUAAUGACAUCUUAUCAGUUGCCUUCUCGCACGACUCGAAGCUUAUAGCGUCGGCUUCGCUCGAUAAAACAACCCGACUUUGGCGCGUUGACACAAAUGGCUUUCAACAGGAAGACCCAGCCGUCAUUAUAUCUGAAGGUACAUUAUUUGUCUUCUCAAACGACUCGACACUCGUGGCAUCUGUCUCGGGAAAGAUCAUCUCGCUCUGGUGCCCUCAUACAGGCAGAUGUACGCAGGAGCUCAAGGGCCAUAGCGAGGAGGUUGUGUCAAUUGCAUUCUCGCAUGACACAGCACUUAUAGCAUCAUUUUCAAGAGAUGGCAGUGCCAGGCUGUGGUGCACUGAUACAGGCAACUGCAUGCUGAAGCUACCACGCCUUAACAGAUCCAGAAAGGGGACAUCUGGCUCAGUUGCGUUCUCACAUGAUUCUGCUAUUAUAGCAGCAGGCCCUCUAGAUAACGGCAGUAUCCAACUCUGGAGUGUUGUCGACGGCAAAUUCUUAUUUGAGAUACCCGGCGAGGAUCCUUUUGUCUUCUCGCAUGACUCCUCCCUUAUCGCGUCACUACACUUGGAGACUGAGAAUGUUCGACUGUGGUGCACUACUACAGGCGACCUUGUGCAAGAGCUACAAAGCAACAUUGACGUUGCAAUCCAGUCAAUUGUUUUCUCCCGUGACUCAGCGCUCCUAGCGGCAAUUGCAGGGGAGGAGCUUAAACUCUGGAGCGUUGCUUCGGGCGAAUGCAUACAAACGCUUCGAAACCCGACUGAUAUGCUGGUGUCGGUCACCAUCUCGCAUGACUCAACGUUGGUGGCUGCAUUGACCGAUACUAGUAGUAACACCAUCGCAGUCUGGCGCAUCGACACGGGCGACCUCGUCCAAUGCGUCGACCUCGAUUACGCCCUCCAUUGGUAUUCCAGGAAUCUGUCAUUCGCAAAGGACAAGUUGGAAAUCCUUACUAGUAUUGGUGUCGUGGCUAUCGACGGCACUGGAGGCUCUAUUGAAUGGAAUCCACUUCCGCCUCGUUUGGUCGGCCUCGGCAUUGAUAACGAUCGCGGCUGGAUUAUGUGGAAUAAUUAUGAUAUCCUCAGGUUACCAGCCGAAUUUCAUGAUUCUGGCUUUGCUAUAUCAGGGUCUACCGUUGCUAUUAGAACUGCAUCAGGACGGGUUAUUUUCAUCCGUUUAUCGGCUGAUGUGCUGUCAGAUUUAUAUGGCGAGGUUGAUGACAGUUUGACAUGGAGUUCCUCGAUCCUCUCAGCCUCUCGUGAAAAUAUUUCUCAAUCAUGUGGCCAUUCAACUCUAUCCAUAUCUUUUGAUUAG